AGCAGCAAUCGCGUGCAAGGCGCGACGUACCACGCUGGCGACCUCACCCAGCACGACCAAAUCAAGAAGCUGGUCGAUGAGCUCAAGCCGGGGGUAAUCAUUCACGCGGCGUCGCCCUCGCCUGUGACUGGCACGCCGAAGGAGUAUGAAAACGUCAAUAUUCGCGGGACGAGAAAUUUGUUGAAGGCCGCGAAAGAGUCGGAGCAUGUGCACGCCUUCAUCUUCACGUCCUCAUCGACCCUCGCGAAAGGGCCGGAACACCUCAAUCUAGCCGAGGACUGGCCCCUCGCAAACACCGACCCCAAGAGCCCGCCAUACGCAAAGUCGAAGGCAGCCGCCGAAAUCAUGGUGCUGGACGCCAACAAUCCGGCCACAGAAGGCACCACGUGGGCAGGCCAUCUGGCAACUGGUUCGCUGCGCUUCCCCAUCAUAUACGGCAUCCGGGAGCACACCACCAUCCCCGGCUGUCUCGGCGCUCUUGCAAAAGGUCAGACUAAUGCAACCCUCGGCGACGGCAAGAACCUAUGGGACUUUUGCAGCGCAUCCAACUGCGCUGUAUCCCACGUCCUCCUGGCCUCCGAACUGCUCACUUCGCCCGGUAAAACCAGCGGAGAGGCCUUCAACAUCAACGACGGCUCUCCCUACCCCUUCUGGUCUUUCGCGCGUCUGUGCUGGAAAUUCGCGGGCUGGAAUCCAAACCCCCCUCCUAAAGUUACAAAUCUGCCGUCGUGGUUUGCUCUAGGUUUGGCCAGUUUUCUCGAGUGGGUGUAUUGGAUUUUUACGUUUGGCACUAAAAGACCAUAUAAUUUGGGGAAGCAGCAGGUGGAGUAUGCAUGCUUCACACAUACCUAUAGUAUUGAGAAGGCGAAGACGAGGCUGGGGUAUAAGCCUGAAGUAGAUUUUGAGGUGGAGUUGAAGGGGGCGGUGGAGUGGUGUCUG